AUGGAGACAGUCUUUAAUGUGGAUCGCGCCUCCGGUUUAAAGGAAGGCAAUGAUACACAGCAUACAAAUGAGGUACUUGAGAGUAAUUUUUUAUCGAACACAAACGAUGCGUUGUACGCCAAGGUAAAUAAUGAGGGAGACGGAGAGGAAGAGGAGCCACUUGCAAAGGGUCUGCAGAAUACAGUUGGUUCCACACCAUAUCGCGUAUCUUGGUACAACUAUGAAUCGGUUAGCCCUGCGAAGCGCUUUACGUAUUGGGCAUACAGGCGACUGCGACAGCUGCCGCCAGAAUGGCAGGAAUAUUAUCGCCGCAUGCUCUACCAGGAAUUGAGUGCGGCACGUUAUGUAAACCAGACAUGGGAUUGCUUCAUGAUGGUUGUGGAUGGCUACCGGAAGGCGAAGUGGGUUCUUAAGAAGUAUGGGAUUCCUGUUGAUGAGAGUCUCAUCCCAAAACCCUACAAUAAUUUUUGGGAAGAGACUACGCAUGAGGAGCGCGUGUGGGCCCAUCGACGCUCGCAUCAGAUGAAGGAGCUUCAGGCUCUUCAGCGGGAUGAAGACGAGCUUGUCUUCGGGGCGAACAUGAUGGAUCGACGAGAGGUGUCGUACGGUUCCCUUAAAAAUUUACAGACUGGCAUGCAGGGGGGGACACCAGUGCACGCGCAUGACCUCCCGGCUCCUUGUGAAGCGGAUGUGAAAAUGUCACCACAUGCUGAAGAGAUGAGCAGUGCACUAAUGUCGAGUAUUGAAGAUGACAAGCUUUGGAAUCCCGUCUUGCGUUCGCGUCUCCACACCCGGCGCCUGCGGGAGGAGACGGAGUUGUAUGCGUUUGAGGACGAAGAGGAAGAUGAUGACUCCAAGUCUUGA